AUGUCUGGCAGACCUGAAAUCCCGGAAGGCUAUUUGGGCAGUCAACCCAAAUUUGCCGAAUUGCGUCUUCAAACAAUCACACAUGACAAUCCGGAGUUUUCUGUGGAUCAAAACAAUGAACUGGAGAUUAAGUUCAAGAUGCCAAGACCUAUCAAGGUAACAUCGAGCCUCAUUCAAGCGAAAGAUGACAAAGAUAUCAGCGAGUAUGUGUUCACCCAAACAAAGGAAGGUGUGCUGGCCUUCGUGCUGAUGUUCCCUGAGGCUGGAUAUUACAAAUUUCAAAUCUUUGGUUUGGAGGCUGCGGAUCAAAGCAAAUCGUUGCCAAACGUGUACAACUAUCUGAUACAUGUCAAAGAUGCCCUAAGACCCGCAUACCCAUUUCCAAAGCAGUACGCCCAGUGGAAAGAUGGCUGUUACCUCUACUCUCCCUUAGUUCUGAAUGCCAAAACCAGUCUGGCUAAAGUGGAAUUUAAAGUUUAUGUUCCCAACGCAAAAGCUGUUGCAGUUGUAGCUGCAGGAGAAUGGUUCCAUCUCACCAAACACGGGGAGAACUGGGAAGGGACUGUUGGACUGAGCAAGCACAGAGGCAAGGACGUGAAAGUGACACUCAAUGCUAAUUAUGGCAGUGACGAGACAAAAUAUGCCACCCUGCUAGAAUAUAUCAUAUAG